AUGGCAAGCCACGUUAGAAAUACUCCAGGUACGCCGAUGUCAGUCUUUUCUUUCGUUCGUAUUUGCAUCCAGACUCCAGUCUUUCAGAAAUGGCUUUAUCAAAUUCCGAUUGAAAUCAAUUUCUCCAACAUACAGUGGAAAAUGACAAAUGCGGUCUAAAAAGGUACGGCAACGUUUUCUUUUUAGUUCGUUUGUAUUUGCAUGAAAUCUUUUAGAAAUAGAUUUGAACGUUCAUUCAAUGGAAAAUAGCAGAACGCCAGAAGCACUCGAUAAACUAAAAAGGUACGCGAAUGUUUUUCUUUUCGUUUGUGUUCCCAUCAAAUCUUUUAGAAUUGGGUUUAAAAUUUAUUGGAAAACAGCAAACGUGUCGAUUAGCUAAAAAGAUACGCGGAUGGUUUUCUUUCCGUUCGUGAUUCCGUCCAGUCUUCAUGAGCUUGUGUUGAGACGUCCAAUUCCAACUGAAAUGAAAAGGUAGAUGAAUGAGUAUUGAAUACUACCAGAACAUUAACAUCCAGACUGUGAGAAACAAACGCAUUUGAAAUACUGAAAGGUACGCGGCUAUUUUUCGUUUGUUCCUUGUAUUUACAUGCAGUCUUUCAGAGAUGAGUUGUCAUUGAUAUUCCGAGUGAAUUGAAGUUUCGAAGAUUGAAAGCAAUCACAAGCCAACUCCUGUGGGGAAAAAAUGCAUUUGAAAUGUUGAAAGCUAGGUGGAUAUCCUUUUCGUUGUUUUGCGUUUUCCAUGCAAUCUUACAGAAAUGGCGUUAUCAAACUCGACAGAUUAAACGCGGUCAUAAACAAGACUCGAAAGGUACGCUGAAGUUUUUUCCCGUUCGUUUGUUUUUUUGUACGAUCUUUUAGAAAUGGGUUUAUUGAAAUGCAAUUUUGGAGAUUGAAAACAAUUACAACGGCAAAUAUCAAGUGGAAACUUUUAAACACUGCCACUGGUAUGCGGAUGUUGUUCUCUUCGAGUCUAUCUAGCCUGUCCACAGACGUUAUAUUCCAACUGCAAGCCAUCAGAACACUUGUGCAAAACAACAGUACAUUUGAAAUAAUAAAGGUAUGCGGCUGUUUUUCUUUUCGCUGUAUUAUUGUUCAUGCAGUUUUUCAGAAAAGGAGGUAUAUCAAAUCCACGCGGAAAUCGAAUUUUGAAGAUUUAAAGUAAUCGCAGUCCAGCGGAAAACAAACACGUUUGAAAUACCAAAAAGGUACGCGGAUGUUCUUUUCGUUGGUAUUUUCAUCCAGUCUUUUAGAAACGGCUUCAUCCGAAUGGACUGAAGUUUAAAGAUUAAGAUAGUAAGUGGAAAACAAGAAAUGUGGUUGAUAGACUAAAAAGGUGCACGAAUGUUUUGUUUUCUUUCGUUCGUUUGUAUUUGCAUAAAAUCUUUUAGAAAUGGGUUUAAACAUUUGAUGGAAAACAGCAGACGCGGUUGAUAAACUAAAAAGGUACGCGGAUGGUUUUCUUUUGACAAGUUGGUUUGUGUUUGCAUCCAGUCUUUCAUAGCCUGUGUAGAGACAUCAAAAUGAAAAGUAGAUGGAUAAAUACUAUGAGAUCACCAGUGGAAAAGAACGAACACAUUUGAAAUUAAGGUAUGCGACUGUUUAUGUUUUCGUUCGUUGUAUAUUUACAUGCAGUCUUUCAGAAACGGAGGCAUAUCAAAUCUUGAGUGAAAUGAAAUUUUGAAGAUUUAAAACAAUCGCAAGCCCCGUUUGAAAUACUCCAGGUACGCGGAUGUUAGUCUUUUCGUUCGUAUUUGAAUCCAGUCUUUCAGAAAUGGCUUUAUCAAAUUCGGACUGGACUUCAAAGAUUGAAAAAUACAGUGGAAAACAUCAAACGUGGUUGAUAGACUAAAAAGGUACACACAAAUGUUUUUUAUGUUUCGAGCGGUUUGUAUUUGCAUAAAAUCUUUUAGAAAUGGGUUUAAACAAUCAAUGAGAAACAGCAGACAUGGGUGGUUUUCGUUUGUUUGUGUUUGCAAAUCCAGUCUCUCCUAGUUUGUGCACAUGAAAAGUAGGUGAAUGGAAACUAUCAGAAUACCAGUGGAAAACAAACACAUUUGAAAUAAGGUAUGCGGCUGUUUCUCUUUUCGUUCGUUGUAUUUUCAUGCAGUCUUUCAGAAAAGGAGGUUUAUCAAAUCCGAGUGAAAUGAGUGGAAAAACAAAUGCAUUUGAAAUACUAAAAAGGUAUGGGGAUAUUCUUUUCGUUCGUUUGUAUUUGCAUCCAAUCAUUUAGAAACGCGGUUAUCAAAUUGCCAAUGGAAUGAAAGUUUAAAGAUUGAAAUCUAUUUCACCAACAUGCAGUGGAAAAUAACCAAUGCGCUCGAUAAACUAAAAGGUACGCCAAGGUUUUUUUCCCGUUCGUUCGUAUUUGCAUCCAAGCUUUUAGAAAUGGGUUUACCGAAUUCCGAACUGACAUGAAAUUUGAAGCCUGAAAACAAUCGCAAUGUAAAUCAACAUGCACUAAGGACAAGUGAGAACAUGCUGGAUCUGAAGAAAAAGUAGGAGGGAAAUUCCAAAGGAAAAAAAUUAAAGAACCAAAAUUAAAAAAAAAUGGCAAAGAUGAGUUUUGGGAUAAGAGAGGUGUCAAGAUGAGGAGAGGUGUCAAGAAAGAGAUCAAAGGGGAAAAGUUUAAAAAGAAAGUAAAAAAAGUCAGACUUUUAUAGAUGUGAUAGAGCAAGCCAUGGACAACGUUGAAUGCAGUUUAUAGAAGGAAAAGAUCGAGAUAGUAACCAAUUGUGGCUUUUAGAAUGUGAAAAAGCACCGAAUUCCAAACUGGCAUGAAAUUUGAAGAUUGGAAACAGUCGCAAUGCAAAUCAACAUGCAAGAGCAGGUGAGAACAUACAGUUGGAUCUGAAGAAAAAAUAGGAGAGAAACUCCCCAAGAUGUCAAGGAAGAGGUCGAAGUAUGGCAAAGAUAGUUUUGGAUGCGGGAUACUUGGAGGACAAAAUUGGAUUGAGAAUUUAGGAUAGAGGUAAGGUUAGAAUUGUGUAUUGCUAUAUGUUUUUGCAGGUUUGAAGCAUGGAAAGGCGGUGUCCAACCAAUACGUCUUCUAUGUGUGUGUGUGUGGUGGAUAUGUGGUCAGAUUAUAUUGAAAAAAGAAGCGAAGCAGGAAUAG